AUGGAAGAACCGAGCACACCUCAAAAGGGGCCGUCUACGCCAGACGAGGGGGCGAUUAUAACGCCUGAAACGAUCCAUGGGAAGGUGAAACAAGAGGUGGGUCUAGGAUCUCCAAUCGGCAGGCCGCUAUUCACUGGCGUCGACGCAGGAGGCACCGCUACACCCGCCCAAAGCAGUCCCAUUCGGGAUGCCCAGCCAGGCAAAUUGGCAUCCUCACCGGUUUUGAGCUCAAGUCCAACGUCUAAAACUCCUCAAUCGUUGUCGUUUACCCCAGGAAGGACCACGCGGUAUCCAGCAAGUCCCCAUUUCGACCGGCCAUGGCAUUCGACCAGAGUGCCGUCGUCGUCGGGUCGAGUGUCGCUGCGGGAUUCAAAGCCAAGUAUUCCGCCUGUUCCUCUUGCCACGAUGUUUUUGAGAAAAGAGGACAUUGCUUCAUUACCGGACGACAAGGUUCGAGACGAAUUGGCUAAAGCACUGGACGAGGUCUCCAUGUAUGAAAGAGCGGCUCACCAGUUCCGUUCUAUGGCCAGCAACUAUCUCUUACAAAACAAACUGUUGACAAUUGAGACCCACGAAAGCAUGCAAAGACACGAGGUCGAGACCAACCUUGCUAAAAAGGAGGUCCAGCGUCUUGCCGUCGAUGCCAACGGCUACUCUGAAGGAGUAGAAUCGCUAACCCGCAAACUCAAACGUACAAGGCUGCGCGUACGCGAGUUAGAGUCACAAUUGAGCGAUAGAGAUAGAGAACUACGAACACUGAAACGCCAAUUGCAGGACCUUGAGUACACCAGGGCACCUGUGCUACCCGCAAUGAAACCAAUGAAUGAGCCUUCUCUCACAGUUAAUACCACACUCGCAAGACAAUCAAGCGCAAACCUGCAGAAUCCUCGGGAACCACUGAGUGGACUGGACAUUCUUGCCAGCCAAGCACUGGAUCAAGAAUUAGCACAACACUCUACGGGACCUAAAGACCGAAGACCGUCUUCAAGCUCGACUAUUUCCCAGCAUUCAGCCGACGAAACGUUCGAGGAUCCCAAUCAAUCGAUGGGCUAA